AUGGCAAAUCCAAGGGUGUUCUUCAACAUUCAGAUUGGUGACAGUCCAGCUGGUCAGAUCGUGAUGGAAUUGUACGUGGACAGUACUCCUAAAAUGACUGAGAAUUUUCGAGCCCUGUGUACGAGCAAGAAAGGCAGUGGGCAGUCCAGAAAGCCCCUGCUUUUCAAGGACUCCAAGUUCCACCGAGUGAUUCCAGGGUUUAUGUGCCAGGGCGAUGAUUUUACCCGUGGCAAUGGCACGGGUGGGGAAUCUAACUAUGUCAGCAAAUUCGUCGAUGAGAACUUUUCCAAGAAGCACACUGGCCCUAGAAUCUUGUCCAUGGCGAAUGCUGGGCCUAAUACCAAUGGUAAGGGAUAG